ACACACCAUAGGAGCUUUGUGGAUUCAAAGGAUUUGCUUUCCCUUCUUAAAGAGCCGCUAUUCUUUGAUGAUUGGGCAGCGGCAAACUUCAAAGUAAUAAAUCGUAUUUCUGACUGGCUGGCGGCCCACCAAAGUCCUUAUCAAAUUCUAAGAAGUGAUCCCUCACUCCUCAGAUAGUGUAAGGAUAUCUUCAGGAGCAGCAGCAAAGCAGGCAACGAGUUUCCUACAUGAGGACAAUUUUCUUUUCUUGAAGAUUUUCUGUGUGAAAUAAUUAUUGUGAAAAAAAAAAGUUUGCCAUGGCUGCUGUGGCUGUGCUGCAGAACGACACUCUGCACGCUUUCCUCCAGGAUCGUACCCCGAACUCUUCACCUGAAACGACAAAACAUUCUCCACUGGCUCUUUUAGCAGCCACUUGCAGCAGGAUUGAACAUCAUCACGGUUCAGGUCCUGCAGAAUUUCUCCCGGUCUCAUAUGACCCGACUCUCGGUUCUCCAUCUAGAAUAUUUCAUCCUUGGAGUGCCGAAGGACCAUGCAACCCUACAACAGGACUUCAAAACAGCUCGAUCUUGGGAAUGUCCCCUCAGAAAUCUCAAUUCACAGCGCACAUGCAGUCAACUUUUGGCUCUCAUGAACUCCCCCUAACGCCUCCAGCGGAUCCUUCAUACCCCUAUGAUUUUUCACCUGUGAAGAUGCUGCCUUCCUCCAUGCAGUCACUACAAUCAAGUUGCCCACGCACAUAUGUACCUGCUGUGACCUAUGCAGCACCGGCACCUAUUGCACCUGCGAUGUCAGGUUUUGUUCAGGGACACACUGGUCUUCUUCAUCAGCAACCCAGGCAAUUGUCUCCGAACCCGGGGGACGACAUUCCCUGGUGGAGCCUUCAGCAGGGUAACCCAGUUAACCACCCCUCCUCCCUUGCCACACAUUGCUUCCCCCUCCACAGGAGCCUAGUCCUGGGGCAUUCUGACUUUGCACAAUAUCAGACUCAAAUAGCAGCCCUGCUUCAAACUAAAUCUCCACUUGUCACAGCCAGGAGGUGUCGGAGAUGCAGGUGCCCGAACUGUCAAUCAUCUAGUUCCAGUGAUGAGCCUGGAAAGAAGAAACAGCACAUCUGUCACAUACUGGGGUGUGGAAAAGUAUAUGGCAAAACUUCCCACUUAAAGGCUCACUUGAGGUGGCAUUCUGGAGAGAGACCAUUUGUGUGCAACUGGCUGUUUUGUGGCAAAAGCUUCACCAGGUCUGAUGAGCUUCAGAGGCACCUCAGGACACACACGGGGGAGAAACGCUUUGUCUGCCCCGAGUGUGGGAAAAGGUUCAUGAGGAGCGACCACCUGGCCAAGCACGUAAAAACUCAUCAGAACAAAAAGAGCAAAGUGGGAGAUAAGAGCACGGAACACGUAAAACGGGAAGAAAUACGAAACAAUUAGCAACAAUGAAUAAACUUUCCGCUUUGAAGCAAAUGGACUAAUUGUGCAAUAUAAUUUGAAAUAAAAUCGUUUAAACCUGUAUUGAUACUGUAUAUUGCAAUAGAUAAGUCUUUCUUUGGCAAAACUUACUUUGAUUUCCUGAUGGUGAAUAUAGUGUCUUGAUUUUAAGACACUUGUAAUUGAUCCCAAUUAUGUUACUUUUUGGCGGACACUAAGCGUAUUACCUUUGAAAUAUACCCAUCGCGAUCAACACAUAUUCACAAAACAUACUUUUUUUUAGCAGUGUUUCUCUGUGUAGGACUAAUAUAUGCAUAAGAAACAAGUUUUUAAACUUGUGUAUUUUUGUCUUCGGUGGAAGAUUGAACUUUUAUGUAUAUAUUAUUUAAUAGCUUUUAUUGAAUGAAAGUGUUCCUCUUUCGCUCCAUGUGGGGUGCCCUAUACGGCAUGCUUUUGAAAAGAAAUGCUUAUGUUUAAACAACCCAUUAUUGUGUGAAAAUAAAGAACUGAAUAUGUUUAAACAGUCUGAAA